AGUUGUGCCAUCCAGCCGACGAGAAAGAAAAAAGGAGAAAAAAAAUAUAGGAGUUGACAUGGAAGAGGGAAAAUCUGCCGCUCUCUCUGUAAUUCCAUACCAUGGAGAGACCCUUGUCUGGCAGGUGCGGCAGCAAGCUGGCGGACCGAGACCCGGGGAAAGGCCCCCCUUCUCCCCACAACAACAACAACUCCACAGGCCUUCGUCUAAAGCCUCGUGGUCCAUCCUACUGGAGGCACUCCGUGUCUUGAUUGCCACUGCCGGAGAGGCGCAAACCGAGCCUGCUCAGACGAUCGUCAUUGGGCUAGGAAACAGACCCAAGGAUUUCGCGAAGAGUUGUUUUGAUAUGGAACAAACGGCCUUUGGGCAGCUGAAUGCUCUGCCUCCGAAUAGACACUAUGUCCCUAUCUCCUUUGAUCCUUGUCAUUCUCACAAUUCGCUCCCGGUGGUAUGGAAGAUCCAGAUCGUCAGAGAUGAUCGUCUGGGAACGCUGUACCAGCAUCUCCUCACCAAGCUUUUGAUUGGAGGAGAAUCAUCUCAAUCUUCUGAAGCACGGACCGAGACGGAAAAGGAUGCAGCUGAAAUUUAUCACUUUAUGAUGGAAGUUCUCGCAGGUCAUCUGUUCUCUUCCCCCCCGGCCCCUUCCCCCAUCUCCCACGCUCCGCGGCGGCCUGUCAACCGGCUGCACGAGAUCAUGACCGGGGAAGGUUCCCCGGUGUGGGUGGAAAAGAAGAACAUGGGGGCCAAGGAUGCGACUGAUAGUUUGGAAAGGCGGAAAGUAUCAGUAUGAAACCUCGGUAAUGAGAGCGAAUAGCAG